AUGAUCUUUCGUCUUUUUUACAUACGGGGGGAAUUACUCGCUUCGAGAAAUAUUCUCUCUGGGGCUUUUAAUCUUGAUGAUUUGGAUUUACAUGAUUAUCCGAUUGAACACGAUGCUUCUCUCUCCCGACAAGACAAGUUUUUUGGAGAGUGGACGGAUUUCAAUCAGACGAUUUUCAAUCAGGUUCUUGAAUUUUAUGAGGGUAUGGACAUUGCUACCAUCCCCGCCACAGCCGCUGCCAAGUACGCAAGAGUCCAAGAUUCCCAGAAAAGGAACCCCCACAAGUUUUGUACGGACCGAGAGAGUUUCUUUUGA